AUGGAGAUGGAACCGCCACCUUCAAUACCUGAUCAUUCAAAUGAACAGAGCUGUAAACUAUUAGGAACGACAGGAUUAGUCGUACAGGCUCUGAUGGGUAUAUUUGUGAUCCUCUCUUUAGUUGUGAAACGUCAAUUAGAGAAAAGGAAAAGAUCAUGGAGAAUAUGGGUUUACGAUGUUAGUAAACAGUUGGCUGGUCAAGCUGUCGUUCAUGGACUGAAUAUCUUAAUAUCAGAUCUGGUAGCCUCAGCAGCUCAUAACAACCCUUGUUCGCUGUAUUUCCUGAAUGUUCUGAUAGAUACGACAAUAGGCGUUGGUAUCAUCUAUUUCAGCUUGAAGUUGUAUACAUGGUUUUUCUCAACACACAUGGCUAUAGAAGGUUUUACGAGUGGUCAAUAUGGACAUCCGCCAAAAUCUAUGUUCUGGUGCAAACAACUUGUGCCAUAUCUCAUGUCUAUCAUAACGAUGAAAUUACUCGUUCUACUCCCUUUGACUUUACCUGGAAUAUCAGGAGCUCUGAUUGAUUGGUCACACAAUUUACUCGAUCAUAUAGGUCCAAGAAGUCAGGUUAUAGUUUCCAUGGCUAUCUUUCCUUUGGUAAUGAAUAUAUUACAGUUCUGUUUGGUAGAUCAAGUUAUCAAAGCUGGUAAGGACGACGACGAUGUUAAUGAUGAUGAAGAAGGAGAAUAUGGUAUUUCAAAUUCUGGUGGAGAAUAUAGACGUGUAAGGGACCAUGAAGAUUUAGAAAAUGUUUUACCUUUACCUGUACAUCCAUCAAGAGAUUUACAUCAUACCGGAAAAGAUCAAAUAGUAUCUUCAAAUUCAAGAAGACGAAGUUCAGUUAUGAUUCCUUCUUCACCACUUUUAUCACCUUCACCUAAUCCGAACAGAGAUUACGGUUCAACCACACCUUCACCGAUAGGGAGUCCCAUCAAAUCAAAUAUCAACACUAUCAGUACUUCGACGAACGAUUCAAGCAUUUGGUCAAUCAAUAAAGUUUCAGAAGUUGGUUCUUCGACAACGUCAAGCUCGACUGUUUUCUUCGAUGCUCAAACUGAUUUAUCAGAUCCAGAUACAGAAGCUGAAACUGAAACUGAAACUGAAAGUGAUAAGACGAAUAGAUUGUAUGUUAGAAAUGAAAGAGGUCAAAGGUCAUUGGCACCUUCACCUGAAACUUUACCAAUACAAAGUCCUGACUCGACAUCAAAUCCAAACUCGAUAGGAUCGUUACGCUCUGAUAUCGACAUUAUCGAAUUUCCUAAAUCGGGAAAUCAUGAUGAGGAAAGUAGAACACCAUCACCACCUUCACUCAUAAGUGGAUUAUCUAGAUAUCCAAGAGAAGAACUAGAAAGAGAAGCUAGAUGGACUUUAUCUCCACCUCAAUCACCCACCGUAGAAAGUUCAAGAGAAAGUGUCGAUUCUGUACAUCUGAGGAAAGUUAAUAAAAUACGUGAUCAUACCCAUUCAAGCAAAUAG